GACUUGAAACCCUAGAGGAGUGAUACUGCUGACCCCAGGCAUCAUCUUUCACUGAGCCAUGGCAACCCCAGAUGUGAGCGUCCACAUGGAGGAGGUGGUAGUUGUGACAACUCCAGACACUGCAGUUGAUGGCAGUGGUGUGGAGGAAGUGAAGACAGUGCUGGUAACAACAAAUCUAGCCCCUCAUGGGGGUGACUUGACAGAAGAUAACAUGGAGACAGAAAAUGCAGCAGCUGCAGCUGCUGCAGCCUUCACAGCCUCUUCGCAACUCAAGGAAGCCGUGUUAGUGAAGAUGGCUGAAGAGGGGGAGAACUUAGAGGCUGAAAUUGUGUACCCGAUCACUUGCGGAGACAGCAGAGCUAACCUGAUUUGGAGGAAGUUUGUGUGCCCUGGCAUCAAUGUGAAAUGUGUUCAGUAUGACGAACAUGUGAUCAGCCCAAAGGAGUUCGUGCACCUGGCAGGGAAAUCUACCUUGAAGGAUUGGAAGAGAGCCAUCCGGAUGAAUGGCAUCAUGCUCAGGAAGAUCAUGGACUCUGGGGAGCUAGACUUCUACCAGCAUGAUAAGGUCUGCUCUAAUACCUGCCGUAGCACAAAGAUUGACCUGUCUGGGGCCCGUGUGUCCCUGAGCAGUCCCACAUCCACAGAGUACAUCCCACUUACACCGGCUACAGCUGAUGUGAAUGGCUCACCUGCUACCAUCACCAUAGAGACCUGCGAGGACCCUGGUGACUGGACCACAGCCAUUGGAGAUGACACAUUUGCCUUCUGGCGGGGACUGAAGGAUGCUGGUUUAUUGGAUGAGGUCAUACAGGAGUUCCAGCAGGAGCUGGAGGAGACCAUGAAAGGCCUGCAGCAGCGAGUGCAGGACCCACCCCUACAACUCCGAGAUGCUGUCCUCCUCAACAACAUCGUGCAGAACUUUGGCAUGCUGGAUCUGGUAAAGAAGGUCCUGGCCAGCCACAAGUGCCAGAUGGACCGUUCAAGGGAACAGUAUGCCCGGGACCUGGCAGCCCUGGAGCAGCAGUGUGAUGAGCACCGCCGCCGUGCCAAGGAGCUGAAGCACAAGUCCCAGCACCUCAGCAACGUGCUCAUGACAUUGACCCCAGUCUCCCUGCCAUCCCCUAUGAAGCGACCCCGUCUUGCACGGGCUACAUCUGGACCAGCUGGCAUGGCCUCCCAGGUGCUUACGCAAUCUGCACAGAUUGCCCUUGGCCCAGGAAUGCCUGUGUCCCAGCUGACCAGCGUGCCACUUGGAAAAGUUGUGUCUACGUUGCCCUCCACUGUCCUAGGCAAAGGCUCCCCUCAGGCUGCCCCAGCCAGUUCACCAGCCUCCCCGCUGCUUGGGGGCUACACAGUUUUGGCCUCCUCUGGCUCUACCUUUCCCAGCACAGUGGAGAUCCAUCCGGACACAUCUAGCCUCACAGUCCUGAGCACAGCUGCCAUGCAGGAUGGCAGUACAGUGCUGAAGGUGGUCAGCCCACUACAGCUGCUCACCCUGCCUGGCCUGGGACCCACCCUGCAGAAUGUGGCCCAGGCAUCACCUGCAGGCAGCACCAUUGUGACAGUGCCUACAGCAGCUGCCCCUGGGCCUGAGGAGCACACGGCCACUAUUGAGGUGGCUGCCGUAGCAGAGGACCAUGAGCAGAAGUAGCUGGCAUGGAGGUUAAGAUCCUUCCAAGAUGGGCUGGCUGCCUCUCCUCAGGCCACUGCAGGCAGAGGCCGCUAUAGGCAGAGGCCACUACAGACACAGGCCAUAGGGCUGGCUCAGCACAGGCAGGUCUGAUGGGCUGAACCAAAGAGUGGAAUUGCUGGAUGACACAAGGGAAGAAAAAAAUGGACAGAAUGAUGCCAGCAACCUGGACGAUCAGUCUUCACGUUCUAAACUUCCUCCCCUUUUUUCGUGGGAAACAUACUUUUCCAUCUGUUGCUUGUUAAUCCUGUUUACACUUUGGGCCUUGAGCAGGAACCAGGGGAACAAUGACCAGGAGGAGGCCGGGGUGCUUCCGGUGUAGCAGCAGAGCCAGCACCAGAGCCUAGCUGAUCACAGGUCCUAGUGCCUGCACCCCUAUGGGGCCAAACCUGCUGGAACAUUAUUGAUACAUGUCUUGGGCAGCAUGCCCAAGUGUGGAAGCCAUAGAUCCUAUGGAUUUGGUCUCUUCCCACAGUUCUCUGUAGGUUCAGUAUGGCCAGUGCCCAUGCUCCUUCAGUGUGGGAACAUGCCCUGGGGCUGAGUGCAAACCCCAGGCAGGACCCCUCCCUGCCCCACAGACACUCAGGUGGUCAAGGGGCCUCAUGUACCAGGCAAGGUCUGGUCCCCUUUGCACAUGGGCUGCAGGUGUUUUUAAGUAAAUUGUUUAGUAGGCUUCUAGGAAGAAUCAAAUUUAUUGUGUUUUCAACCAAAACAAUGCUGAGUGCCUAGGCUUCCUGAGUCAGUUCUGGGAGGGACCCAAGGUACCUGUAUAGGCACCUAGUCAGGUGCUGGAGGUCUCAGGCAGUGUCCUUCCUUGAGACGAAGCUCUGGAGGAUUCGUAUGGAGGUUUGCCUUCAGACUCGCGGUGGCUCUCUGUGUGCAGCCUACU